AUGUAUACGCCGCAAGUACCCAUCGCUGCAGUUCCAGUGCCCGGGGGCAGAAAUGCUAUAUGGCCUUUACUUGCUAUAUGCUGUUUGGCCUUGGUUGGUCUCCUGGCAGCAGCUGUAAUUGUUCUAGCCCUCAUACCAGUUUACUUAACAAAAACAGGUGAAAAUAGUGAUUUAAAAUCACGAGAAUCACCAACGAUUGUUAUUGUAUACAGUACACCGGCUGAUAGCAAUUCUGUAUUCACCGGAACGUUUCCAUCGACAAACAAUGCAGCUGUUGCUAGACAGUUAGAACAACAAUUAGGAUUAACUAAUGGUUCCCUUACGAUUAAAAGUAUCUCCAGUGUUGGCAGUUCAGAUCAACGAAAGCGCUUUUGUCGCAAGAGAUUGAGCCAAAAUUUCCAACAAGUAGUGACGACAGUAAUUCAGAUAUCAAUCACAUUAGUACUACCUAACGGUGUAACAAUAAGAUUUACCUUAACAUUUCUAACAAUUACAUAUACAGGAAAUCCUUCUAUUGGUCCCGAAGGAAGAAAGGUGGGUACUGUUGGACCGGAAACUGGAUCAGGCGGCAGUGCGACGGGUUCGUAA